ACAUUUGUAUUGCAGUUUAUAUUGCGAAGUACCUGUUUUAUGUCCUAAUUUUCAAAUAAGAAAUCUGCAGUGAUGGCCAGCUGUUUUAAAUCCUCUAAACCUACAGACCCAAUGGCUGUCCCACCAUCAUACUGUGAUUUGGGAAAAUCUGCUAGGGACAUAUUCAAUAAGGGAUAUGGGUUUGGAAUGGUCAAGUUAGAGCUGAAGACCAAGUCUUCUAGUGGAGUGGAAUUUACUGCAACUGGGUCUUCCAACACAGACACAGGCAAGGCUUCAGGGAGUCUAGAGACCAAAUAUAAGAUCAAAGACUGUGGACUUACAUUCACCCAAAAGUGGAACACAGACAACACACUGGGAACAGAAGUGUCUGUGGAGGAUCAGUUGGCUGAAGGAUUGAAGGUGGCUCUUGACACUGUAUUUGUACCAAACACAGGGAAGAAGAGUGGAAAAUUGAAGACCUCUUACAAAAGAGAAUAUGUAAAUCUAGGCUGCAACAUAGACAUUGAUCUCUCUGGACCAACUAUCUACGGAUGGGCAGUGCUAGGCUAUGAAGGCUGGCUCGCUGGCUACCAGAUGGCUUUUGAUACAGCCAAGUCUAAGCUGUCACAAAACAACUUUGCCUUGGGAUAUAAGGCAGGAGACUUUCAGCUGCACACUAAUGUGAACGAUGGCACUGAGUUUGGUGGGUCUAUUUAUCAGAAGGUUAAUAAUAAGGUUGAGACAUCAGUAAACCUUGCGUGGACUGCUGGCAGUAACAAUACACGGUUUGGUAUUGCUGCCAAGUACCAACUGGAUGAGAAGACUUCUAUUGUGGCCAAAGUGAACAAUGCCAGCUUGAUUGGAAUUGGUUAUGCUCAUGCCCUUCGACCUGGUGUAAAGCUGACUCUCUCAGGUUUGAUUGAUGGCAAAAAUUUCAGUGCUGGAGGUCACAAAGUUGGCCUGGGCUUUGAGCUGGAAGCUUAAUGCAGUUCUGAGUUAAGCAACUGAUAGGCCUUGAGAGAUGAAGAAAGAAUAUACCAAGAGGGUUUUGGCCUUAACGUUACUCUGAAAUUUCAAGUGUGAACUUUUACUCUUCCAAAGAAUUGCUUUAAUCCAACACUGAAGUCCAGAAAGUACAAACACCUCAAAGGAAGAUACUUGAAGGAAUGCAUGGAAGUUGCAAUGUCUGUGCCACAUUUCACUUCAGUUUCUCAUGUUUUAAUUGGGCUCCUACUGACAGCAUAGCAUCUUGUUAAAUGGAAAAAAAUCCCACAUCUCCCCCUAGUAUAUUGCAUCCUGCAUGUCUUACACUUUACAACCUUUUAUAGAAAUCAUCUCCCUGGUGUAGUGGAAACUUUGUUUCUUCAUCAGAAUAAAGUAAAACCAGUCAGUUGGAA